GCGACCACGCUGCUACUAUCGCCAAGGACACCACGUUAACGGGUAUUGAUACGGUGGUGCAUUUUUGAAACCUUUAAAAAACAUUUAAAGGUCGACUUACUAGUGAUUACCACGUUCCUUCGGGCCCGUGAAAUGUAUAGUGUUAGUGCAAACCAACUUCUGUCAUUCGCAGGAGAUUUACAGUGUUGUCAUUAACGAUGUUUCUACGCGUCUGCGUGAAUGUUUAGUGCGCAUGUGCUUCUUUUCCAUUUAUGUCAUUUUCAUAUAGUAUUGCUUAAUUAUUACUAGGUGUCCCAUGACGAAUUGGGUGGACGACUACUCGAAAAUGUUAAUGUAACGUCCAUCUAAUAUUGCUAAAAAUAGAAUGCUAUUGCUAUUGCUAGAAAACAAUAAAUUAAAUUAGUGAAAAAUUGUAGAAAAAAUUAAAGUGGUUUAAAUCGGCGAGCUGAAUUUCCAUUCGGGUGAAAUCGUUUUAAAGACAGUUUUAUUUACUACUUAUGUAUCGGCUACAGGAACUUUAUUUAGUGAACAAUCGAUUACUGGAGUGGAUAUCGUCAACCCUGUCUCGGCGGGCGCAACAUGAUCAGGACUUUCGACAAAAAUCCUCUUUUGAAAGGUAGCAGAUCAAGCGUCGAUCGAGACCGCCUUCGUGAGCGCGAAAGGCAGGCGCGAGCAUCCCAAAUGUCGGUAGUGGAUCAGCAGGACGGACCCUCGCCUUCGCCCCUCUUCAAAGAGCCUCGUAGGGUCUCACCAUCGUCAAGUGAUCCAGUAACAAAUGCAAUCCAUAGUACUUUGGGCGACUUCUCGCGCGUGCGUCCCUUUCUAGACCAAAAAGAUUCUUCGGGACUUAUAGGAGUCGAUGGAGUGCCUCCGUCUCCGGGGCCGGCUUCCCAGAGGGCAUCUCCACCGUUAUCUGGUGUCAGUUCGACAAGACAUCAAGCAUCACCGGAUCCACGUCAUGAGUUCAAAAAACCGCAUCAGCACUCAAUGCACCCUCCACCCCAUGUUCACCAACGAGGAGGUUACGUCAAACAAACGGAAGGUAAGCCUCCCUAUGGAGGCAGGGGUGGGUAUCCCGGCCAAGCUGUGAAAAGAAAUUCUGGAUCAGGAGGACAUCGUGCCAAUGGCAUUGUACAGACUAAAGGACCGCCUCCAUCAUUGAACGUAGGUGGGCGUGGACAUACUCCCUUUGAAAUGAAUUCGACACCCACGGCUGGUCCGAGGGAAACUCUGCCAUCAGCUACUCCAGCUCCACACGAAGUCGACAAUAUAUUUAAGGAAAUGAUUAUGCCAUCUACACCUCUGUCUGCUAUUGCUGCAACUCCUAGGAUAGAUACAGAUAACAAGUACCAGUACAACCCAUUAGCCAAGAUAAAUGAACCAACUGUAGCCUUAUCAGAUACAAGCGGGGAACGAACUACGCCAAAGAGUUCUGCAGAAACUCAUAAUGACCUCGACCUAUCCGAAGAAAGCGAUGACGAGGCGCGAAGGCACCAUAUAUUGUCUUCAUCUAAUAUGACUGUAGAAAGAAUGCUGUCGCCAAUCCAACAAACUCCCGCCCCACAUCAAUCACGUCACCAUUACGAGCGACAACAUCCAUAUGCCGCCCCUGAGCCUCGACCUCCGGAUCCCCAACAACAUCGGUCGCCCUCGCCUGCCUCCAGUUCAAGCGAUACAGGCAGCGACUCAAAUGAGUCCGAUACUGAGUCGAGUAGCGAUGAGUCGGCCUCUGAAAAAUUAGCCGUGAGCUCACACGGGGUAAUUGCGAGCCCCACCAUCAUUAAAAUUAUGGGAGAAAAAACUCAGAUGGAUAACAAUGAGGCUUCGUCACCUCAUCGCACCGAGGAGCAAAGGUGGAAUUUGAGAAGUUUUUUUAACAACCAAAGCGACGUAUCACGUUCUCAAACAUCACCAUCCACAACUCCAGGCAAACAGUCUAUGGUGCAAAGAGCGAGUCCUGACUCGCACAAGCGCUCAUCUGAUUCAAUAAGCGAUUCGGAUGAUCCUGAUUUGGCCGUAAGAGCGAUUGCUAAAUAUCGCGCAUUGACAGCCUUAGAUCUAGUCACCAGUUUUUCGGACAGCGAUGAAAAACGUGAAAAGCGAUGUAGAAUAGUGCAUGAAAAAAAUAGUCCAAGGAAAAAGGUGAAAAGAUCACGCAGGCACUCUGGUACUAUUCGAAAUUUAAGUAGCGAAAAUAAUUCGAGCAGUCCGAGCGAUGAGGACCAGCUUUCAGCAAAACGCGUGAGUCCUUUCAAAGGACCAAAGCCAGUUGUCAGGCCAAGUGCUCGACCUAAACGUGGCGAUUCGAGUAGUCAAAGCGACUCCGAAGCCCUACCGCCUAGGUUACCAGAGUCACCGAGGGUUAACACAGGCAUUAAUACGGCCACAUCAAAAUCUUUGAAUGAUUAUUCAGACUCGGACUUGGACCGUCUAGGUGACAGUUUCGCUGUUAAAACGGCUAAAGAAGUGCCCUCUGGCGGAGAUAAACCGGUUAAAGGAAAAGGACGAGGUAGACCGAGAAAAGUGCGACCGGAAGGUAGCGAAAGUGAAACGCCUAAGAAACAGAGGGGAAGACCGCCUUCAAGCGGUGUACUUGCCGGAGGAGAGGUUAAAAAGACUGGGAGAAGGGGAAGGCCUCCAAAAGUUAGACAGUCACCGCUCCCCAGUAGUUCGGAUGACGAGAAAUCGGUGGUUCCUACUAGGCGACAAAUUAAAGGCCAAAAACAAACUUCUAGUAGCGAUUCUGAUUGUCCGAGUCUUUCACCAAUUAGAAGACCGCCUAGUUUUCGUCAGGAAUUUGAUAAAGAUGUAAUGCAACAUAAUGCUUCACCUAUCAAGAAAAAAUCUUCCAAAUCACCACGCUUAUCAAUGGAAUCAAAAAAAUCAAAACACGAUUUAGAUGAGGAGUGGAGCCAAAAGAAUAAAAGUUCUGUGAAAGCUCUUUUUCAAGAUAAACCCUCAGAUAGUGAAUGGGAUCCUUCCAUUCGUCGAAAAUCAGAAAAACUAAAAGAAAACACCUCACCAACUAGACGAAAAGGACAAUCAAUUAAAAGUAAGCCCAUCGUAUCCACGAGUGAGUCGAGCGAUAGUGACAUUAGGACAAAAAAAACUGCUGGACGCAAAAAGAGGAACAGCGGCACCAGUAAUUCACUUUCUGAGGUGCAGAGGAUCUACGAUUCAGAUAGUGAAACUGAUUUAUCUUUCAAAAACACUUCAGGAAACGAUAGUCUGAUAAAAGUCGACGACCACAAAUCUAUAGCAGACAAAAAGAAAAGCGACACACUGAGGAAACUAUUUACGCCGAAACGCGACUCGGAGGGUGGAAAGGGUGGUGGGAAAGGUGGUGCCAAGGGAGGAAAAGGUGGUAAAGGUAAAGCUGGUGUGAAUGUGAUAAUAGUAGAUGGUGACUAUGAGAGGACCAGUUCGUCUGUUGAGGAUGAAACCAUGCCGACUAUUCCCAGUGAUUAUAAUCGACGAUCUCCCGUUGCUUCAGAUGACAAAUUCAGGUUACAGAAUCGAACGCCUUCACUGCUGGAACCUUAUCCGACCGAGACUUCGGUCAAAUCAUUAAGCAAUAUUCAGAAACCUGAAGGUAGUUCCAUUAUAAAGUAUAAUGAUUCACAUGUAACCUUAGCUAAUAAGGAAGAGCGGGUGCCGCCUAUUCAUCCUGUGGUCGAUGGUCCGCUGAUGGUGCGCAUUGACUUUAAUUUUCUCAAUGUUAAUGAAAUUCCAAUCUUGAGGAAACAUUUGGAAAGUACAAGACAUUGGUAUGUGCAACCACUAAAUAAGGAAAAUUUACCAAAGACUGAUCCAGUUGUGAAAUCACUGACGUAUUGUGAACUGAGAGAAACUAAGGUUCAACACGACAAUGAAAGCAGUGUAGACAGUAUUGUAAAACAUGAACAUAAGAUAGCGAAGAAACGCAAAAGAAGAAAUAGUAAUAAUUCCGAAUCUUCAGUGUCAACAGUGAGCACGAUGUCCAAUUCUAGUAGAAAUAAGAGGAAGGAAAAAGAGCAUCAUAAUAAAGAGAGGCAUAGGUACAAAUCAAAAAGGUGGAAAGACGAACCUUCGCAAAUAACAACUUCACAACCUACGCUAGUACAGCUCCGAUCUCAGCCACUAAGUGAACCUCUACACUCCAUCAAUACCCCUCCGACCAACCAUGAGCGGCAAGCGAGUCCUAACUCGAUCUCUUACAAGAGCUCUCCCAGGGAACCGGUACCUUCGCCCUCCGUGUCAGUCGGUAUGCCUCAAACUCCUCGGAGGGAAUAUUAUUCCUAUUUUGAGAACAUGGAAGAGAUAGAUGAGAAUAUGACCGCUCGUAAUGUCACUGACCACACUCGUUAUCUAAGCGAGGCUAAACAAUUAAAGCAUCUCGCAGAUAAGGAAACUGAUCCAACCGACCAAUGCAUGUUGUACUUGGAAGCGGUGCUUUUCUUCCUAUUAACAGGAAACGCCAUGGAGCAGGAACCAAUUACAGAAAAAGCUGCCUUUACUAUGUAUAAGGAUACAUUAUCACUUAUCAAGUAUAUUUCCUCUAAAUUUCGUGCGCAGUCUCAAAUGUCUGGAGUGCAUAGCAAAUUAGCUGUAUUAAGUUACCGGUGCCAAGCAUUAUUAUAUUUUAAGCUGUUUGUAAUGAAACUUAAGGACUCAAAAGACAUACAAAAAUCUGUGAGCGAUUAUUGUAAUAAGAAUGGCGCUAUUAUUCCUAUGGACCAACCAAUUCCAAUGGGUCAGGGUACUCCUUCUCCCCUAUCACCGACACCCUCUCCCGCGGGUUCCGUAGGUUCCGUCGGAAGCCAAUCGUCUGGGUAUUCGAGCGGCGAACUGAAGGGAUCGACCGCAGUAGGAGGAGGCUCUUGUCCCGCCUCUGGCUCCGCGGGUCCUACCGGUGGUACUUGGAUUCCUUUAUCAGUCUAUCACGCUAUGCACAGACAGAAUCAAUACGUUAGUUAUUUGAUUAGCUUCUUAGAGUUGUGGGAUAUCGCGGAUAGAAUGGUGGUUACAGGGAAAUAUACAGAUUUCUUUAUUGAUCUUGAUCGACAGUGCAAACCACUAACGAUGCACAGUACCUUGAAGGAGCUAGUGCGUUACGUUCAACAGGGUAUAAGAAGGCUCAAAGCUCAAAGACAAACCAACGAUGAACGAUGCCUAAAUAUAUAGAAAGGUUUAGUAAGAGAUCCCAAAGAUGCACUAUAUAGUCAAUUCGCAAAAUUAUUGGAUGGCAGCAUUUUCACUAUUUUAAUAUUUUAGGUUUAUAAUUUAACGGCUGUGAUGAAUAAAGUCGAUAGAAGUAUAUUUUGAUAGUGACCAAAUAACUUUUUUAUAGUUUUUACAAUAUUUUAAUAUAGUUAUUUAAUCAAUAUUUAGGAAAAUACGGAAAUAUAUCUAUCUUCUUUAUUCGCUGGCCUACAACUAAGAAUCCGUUUGCAAAACGACCAUUAGUACAAGUAAUGGUUUUUCAAUUAGGUAAAAAUAUACUUAACCCAAAUCACCCUUUUUUUUAGGGGAAAUUUGACCAGUCUAAAAUAAUAUAUUUAUGUCUUUGCUACAGUAGUUAUCUACGGAUGGAUAAUUUAGAUCAAUUUUUAUUGAGCGACAAUUCUACAGGGAUAGCGAUCCCUUUUUAAUAUAAUUAAAAUAAAUUAUAAUUAUAUCAGCAAAUAUUAUUAAUAUUGCAAAUAUUAUUGUCAUUUUCCAAGGGAUCAAUUUUUUUAUAUUUUAUUAGGAAUUAAUAUUAGUGUCAUUAUAAUAUUUACUGUCAAAACAAAAAUUUAUAAAAAUGCUUUAAAUAUUAGAUGACUCUCAAUCUCUUAAGAACAUAUACGAUAUUUUGGUAAAGUUGUGAGAACUGUUGUUCUGUCUUUUUUUCAUCUGAUUUAAAUUGGCUAUAAAACGCGUUUUUCAUGAUUUAAAGUUGGUUUAUCAUCACACUAUGCAAACAUUUUUAUAUGUAUUUUAACUAUUCAGUAUUCAAAUUGUUUGUGGCCCAUUGAGCCUUUAUUAUGCAGCCGUUAAGGCUUAUAAUAAAACUUUAUCAAAACAUCCUAAAUGUUUUACGUCGCUCAUUAAAGUAUUCUCAACAUCAAAUCAUUCAUAAGUGGUAUAAAUACCUUUUGAGAUUUAAUAUAUGUAAUCUAGCCCCGAACAGAACUUAUUUUAAUAAGCAGUUUAAGUUACUUAUCACGAGCAGCAGUACUGUAAAAAUAUAUUAGUGAAUUCCACUUUUAAGAACUUUUUCUUAUAUUCAACUUGUAGGUUGAAAUAAUUGUACAGGUUGUUUCUAUUGCUGAAAAUAUAAAUAUUAGCUUGUAAUAUUGAUGAGACCUUACUUGAACUUAUUAUUUCUAGAUUAAACUUAAGAUAUUUUAUAGAGGAAUUUUGAGAGAAAAAUUAAAAGAAACGUGUAUUUUUUGUAAAUAUUAGUAUUCUAUAAAUUCUUUAUAUAUUUACCGUUUGUACAACUCGCUGAAUUAAUUGUUAGGGCCUAUUUAGGAAAAUCAAAUAAGAGUAUGCAUCUGUCACUGUUCAGACGCUAAAAAUACUUAUAAAAAGUAGUGAACUUGUUAUUUUUGCAUAAUAUUUUAUAUAUAUAUAUUAGAACAGUAAGUGUGAAUAUGUACUAUUUUAUGUAUAUCUUGUAAAUUUUAUUUUUUAAAUUAUUUCAUUUUUAUUUUUAGUCAUAUUUUUGUUUAUUUAAUUAUGAUUAUCAUUAUCCUAGGAGUUUUUUAUUAAAAAUUGUUUACUUAAUUUCGUAGAGCAGUUUAGCAUCCUACAAUUAUUGUUUUUCGUUCGUGGAUGAAAAAACAUGAUUGCUGUUAUGCCAAUUCUUAGGAAGAUUUUUGUGUAUGAUUAAGUUAAUAUAUUUAUUCCUAUUUAAUUAAGUCUUACUCGCGGUAAGGAAUAUUACUGAAUUUUGUUUUAUUAUUUAAGAAUGAUUAGGUAGGGGAUUUUGGUUUUAUUUACAUUAACAUGUUCUAAUUUAUUAUUUUUGAGUAUGGAGAGUUGUAGAAAAAUCAUUUAAUAAGUAUAAUUUCAUUCUUAAUCUUCAUUCUUUUAAGUAUAGUUUCAUUCCUUUUCUUAAAGUAAAAUAUUUACCAUCAUUAUUAUGUUUAAAAAAAAAGGAUGUUGAAAAGUAUUAAUUAACAUAUAAUAAAUUAACAAAUUUUACGUUCAUUCAAUACAUCACUCUCUAGAAUUAAAUAGAAUAGAAAUUAUAUGCUGAGUCAACAACAAAGAUAUAUUCUAAAACAGUUUCUUUGUUUAAAUAGGAUAGUAAUAAAGAAGAUAUAAAACAGUCGAUGCUUUGCUGCAGAGGAUUGAUAAUAUUUAACAAUUCAAGCAUUCAGUUUUUACAGCCGUUUUUAUGACCAUCUGAUACAAAAAUCCAAAAAUAUUUAAUUUCAAAGUUCAAUGGACAUUCAACUUUUUUUUUCUUAAUGUUUUAAAUGUUUUUAAAGUUCAAACAGAGUAUUAUGGUGUUACUCCAUAAUAUACCUAUGUUUAUGUAUCACAAGUCUAUUUAUCUUUAUUAUUGCUCUAUUUUAUGUAUAGUAAAUUAAAAAAAUAUUUUAAUCGAUUUUUAUUGACUUUUAUUUUUAUGUAUCUGGCGAUUAUCGUAGAAACGACCGAAAUGCGUAACCUAUGUUUCUAAAUGAUUGAAAUGCAUUAUGAAGGAUUAACUAGGUGCAUCUAGACGCUAAAAAUUAUUUUAAAAAGAUUUUUAAUCGAUAGGACAAAUUAUUUGACUUUAUUAAAAAGAAAAACUUCAUUGUACUAAAAAAUCAUAUAACUUAUCUUGGAAUUUUUAUUAUGUUUUGUUUAAGAUAAAUUCGCAUUGAGUAUUUUUUAUUUUAAAAUACAUUUAAUUCGAAUUUAUUUGAAUUUUAGCCGAUUCGUUAAAAUAUUCAUCAAAUCUUUCUGCUGGCAAACUUCUCUUUUGUGUUUGAUUUUUUUUUUAAAUAGGUUUUGUUGUUGAAAAAUUGGAAAUAUGUAUAUUCACAAGGUCUAUUAUAAAUCUUAAAAUUUAGGAUAAAGCACUUUCAGGUUUUGGACUUUCUUAACUUCUCUUAAGCUAAAACUACUUUUUCAAAAACGAGUUUUAACAUUAUUUUUUUAGCUGUAUAUUUAGAUAGACAUUUUAUGUCAUAUCGCUGUUUUGACAUAUCAAAGAAUAAUUUUAUUAUCUGUGCUGAUGCUUUGGUUAUUUCGGUUAAAACACUUUGGUAAAAUAUUUUACUGAUUACAUUUAACAUGGAAUAAAUAUAAUUUAAGUGUCAGCUUCAUUUUUAAAAAGCCUAAAAUAAAACCAAGAUCCCUGGCCCUUUGGCUAAAUCUCUUAAUAUUGUUGAAAC